AUGUUUGAUCGUACAUUAUCUGUCAGCGCCAAAGGUGGUGCAUGUCUUCAGAGGAAGAAACGAACGCUUCGAGGUGUUGUGGUGUCGGAAGGUACAAUGAAAGGUGCAUCAGAGGCGACGGUUGGCGGCGGUCGGCCUGGGGGCGGUCUCCCUCCUAUGAAGGAGAUUGUUGAUAGGCUCCAUUUGUAUGUACAAGAUGGUGAUACUAUAGUCGACUUCUGCUGUGGUUCCAAUGAUUUCAGUUGUUUACUGGAAGAGAAGCUAGAGAAAGUUGGGAAAUCCUGCAUAUUUAAAAAUUAUGAUCUUUUUCAGCCAAAGAAUGACUUCAAUUUUGAAAAGAGAGAUUGGAUGAGUGUGAACCCAGACGAAUUACCAAACGGUUCUAGACUGAUUAUGGGACUGAAUCCCCCUUUUGGGGUCAAGGCAUCUCGUGCUAACAAGUUCAUUAGCAAAGCUCUUACCUUCAGACCAAAGCUUAUUAUUCUUAUUGUUCCUAGGGAAACUAAAAGACUUGAUGAGAAAGAAGGUUAUGAUUUGAUUUGGGAGGAUGAUCGAGUUCUAUCUGGCAAGUCAUUCUACCUACCAGGUUCAGUUGAUGUAGAGGAUAAGCAGUUGGAACAAUGGAAUGUAAAAGCACCUCCGCACAAGGCAAUAUCACAACAGCAAGGUCAUGCAUAUUAUGGUCCGGAAGAGUUGGAUGGAAAUGAACACAAUGCCAAAGAUAUUGAAUUUAAUUAG